AAAACACAGAUAACAUUUAGAACCAGAAGAAGAAAAAAACAAGUAGCAGCAAUGGCGACAUCUGUUGCGACUCUAUCUUCUCCUCCACCAGUAUCUCUACCUCUCCUCUCAUCAUCUCGCUCUUCCUUCUUCUCCAAUUGCUUCACAGUCACGACCCGACCAAACAACCGUUCUUUGGUUGCGAUUCGACCGAGAAUCCGACAGGAACCGACGAGAAAGCGACUCACUUGUAAUGCUUUGUUUGGUCUUGGUGUACCUGAGCUUGCUGUGAUUGCUGGCGUCGCUGCGUUGCUCUUUGGACCUAAGAAGCUUCCUGAGAUUGGCAAGAGUAUUGGCAAAACCGUCAAGAGCUUUCAACAGGCUGCAAAAGAGUUCGAGUCUGAGCUUAAGAUAGAACCCGAAGAUUCUGUUGCAGACUCAUCUCAAGUAACAAUGAGCAACAAAGAAGAGGAGAAAAAAACUGAGGUUUCUUCAAGCUCAAAGGAGAAUGUAUGAAGAUGAGACUUUAUUGUUUACAUUUUCCUGUAGCUACAACAAUUUUAUGUGAUGAUGAGUUUAGCCUUCUUAUGCAAAGUAUAAUCAGUUUGUGUUUUGAAUCUA